AUACCGUUAGCGACUGUGCUAUAGAAAGUAGAUUUUUGUAUUUCUUUAAACUGUGUGGUGUCAACAAUUGAAAUUAUUGGAUUCGUAUGACAAAUCCAUUAAUUAGAGUGUUAAAGUAAUCUCACUUGGAUAUCGUGGUCAAAGUAUUUCAAAAACACUUUGAUAUGCUUUGUGUAUUGUACAAACAAUCAACUUUUAUAUAAAAAGUUCCUAAAAUAAUUAUAUCCUAAUAAACAUACAAAAUUGUAUUUAAUUGAAAUAAAAUACUAGAGAGUUUAUUAAAAGUGACAGAAAUGGAUGACUCUUUUUUAGAAGAUCUGGAACUAGUAUCUAAAGAUGUUAAAAAUGUUAGUCCUUAUGCAUUGGAUGGACAUAUAACAACAAGAACUGGUACAUCUAUUCCAGUACAAAAUUUUGUUACACAUAGUGGUAAGAUUUUGCAGCAUAGAACUGAACAAUAUAAACUGACUGAAAAACAGUCAGGUACUAAGGAAUUAAAUGUUAAUAACAUGAAAAAGUUAUUAGAACAAGAUACAAGGAAUCAACACACAAAAGUAAAGGUGUCUGAAAAGACAGAAAUACCUAGUGAAAGUAAACUAAAGCCAAUUGAGAAUAAAGUAAAAACUGAUGACAAAGAGCUUACAAUUACCAAUAAUGCUAAGGCAAAGAUUCGAGAGACAAAAACAAAAAUUUCUGAAAGUAAGGUUGUUGCAAAAGAUCGGACUCGUCGUUCUGGAAGUUCUAAGGUAGACAAUCAGUACCCAAGUGUUAAAGAAAACAGUAGACCUACUGACUGUAUGAAAGAGAGCACUUCCAAAAUGGAGAUUUGUAAAGACAAAGGAAAAAGUAAUGGCUCUGUUAAGAAAUUGGAUUCUAAAGAAAAUGAUCCUGUUGCUUUACUUAAUGCUAUUAAGGACAUUGUGAGCAUAUGCACAAAACAAGAAUGUUCAAACAUUUUGAGAGUAAUGCAAGAAUUGCACAUUAAUUCUCAAGCAAACCUCAUUAAGCAUCUGUUAAAUCAAACAGAUGAAAUAAUUAAUGAGAUACAUCCUAGUAAAGAUUCAAAUAGAAUAAAAAAUUUGAUAGAACAGAAUGACAGAUUGAAAGAAGAAAUUGUUAUUUUACAAAAACGAAAUGAAGACUUGCAAAGAAAGUUAGAAUUUUUAAAGCAAGAAUAUACCCACUAAAAUUGAAAUGCAAGGAAUUAUUAAAAUAAUAGCAAUAAAUACUAAUGUACUGUCCUGUCUACUGCCUUAAAAACAUAGAGUUUAUCAGCAAAGGAGCAUCCAUUCUUCCAUUCCAUUCUUCUAUUUACGUAUGUUUCAAUUGCACUACAUUAUUCAAACUGUUAUGUAUUAAGUGAUAAUAAGUAUACUAAAAUUAACUAAAAAAGCUAUAUUUUUUUACU